AUGUUGGAGUUCAUUAAACGUUACAAUGGCACAUUGAACAUCUUGAGAUUUAAAGACCAUUUGAGUAUUGGGCACAUUGCUGAGGAGAUGCUUGCAACCAAAAAAAUUGACUUCGUUUGUCAUCCAAAGGAGCCCAAGUGGAAUAUUUCGGGCACUGUACCACUCUAUAUCCUUAAAGACUACAUCCUAGUGCCUCAUGCUCAACCCAUUGCCAGCUAUUGGUACUUCGCCCAGCCAUUCACAAGAGAAACUUGGUUGGCUCUGAUCGCUAUUGUGGCUUAUGGAAUAAUAAUGUUCUACGUCAGCUCAGGAUCUGAGAGAUCGGAAUUUGGAGUUCAUCUGCUAAGCAGUUGGUGUCAUCUAUUAUUCCUUCCUCAACCUCGAGUUUCUAUCAUCAAUUGGCAACAGACUGUAAUACAUUUCAUUCUAAUUCUGGGUGGAUUUGUGCUAACAAACAUGUAUAUAUCGGUAUUGAAAAGUAUGCUUACAUCGGGACUAUUCGAACCUCAAGCCAAUACUCUGGAAGAUUUAAUACAUGCUCCGUAUCGCUUGAUAACGGAUAAAUACUAUGCCGUAUACUUUAAGAACGCUACUUCAGUGCCUGAUGAGGUUAUAGACAACGCCUUUGUGGUUCCCACUGAUGAGCUCGACUUCAAUCGUGCUAAUCUGAACACAAGUUUCAUGUACAUUGUUUAUGAAGACCGCAUGGAUGGACUUUUGUAUCAGCAACACUUGUUGAAAGCACCUCGCUUCAAGAGAAUGCCAGAGAGUAUUAUGGACGGACUGAUGUCGAUUCCAGUGGCUUCAUCUUUGCCCUAUCUCAACAUGUUGAAUAUCUAUUUGAGUCGCAUCUUUGAGUAUGGUAUAUUCCAUAAAAUGAAGAAUGAUGCCUAUAUGAGUGCAAUUGAUAGUGGCUUAUACAAACUGAUGAGAAAUGAGGACGACGGAUUGAUAUCAUAUGAUUUGAACUUCUAUUUCUUCCCCAUUUUGUUGUGGGGCAUUGGAUUGACAUGCGCUGGACUGAGUUUCUUGCUGGAGUUGCUCAGGUGGCGCAUGGCCUAA